GCUGAAUCAUUGGACACACCUGGCUUUGAACCGAAGCUAAGGAAGAUUGACAUUCAGAAGUCCUGGGGAGGAGGAAAGAAAGAGAGUUAAUUAUUGUUAGCCCGUGUGUUGUAUCGCCUCCAAGGAGACUCUCUGUAAACCAGACAUUUCCGGGAUCUCAAGCUGGACGUCGACGAGAAGAUAAUGGCAAUACAUCCUCGCAGGGUGCGUUUGAAACCUUGGCUGGUGGCCCAAGUGGACAGUGGCCUUUUCCCAGGUCUAGUUUGGCUGCAUCGGGAAAAUAAACGUUUCCAAAUCCCUUGGAAACAUGCAACUCGUCACAGCCCCCCUCAAGAAGAAGAAAACACUAUUUUCAAGGCAUGGGCAGUAGAAACUGGAAAGUACCAAGAAGGGAUUGAUGAACCAGAUCCAGCCAAGUGGAAAGCACAGCUUCGUUGUGCACUUAACAAAAGUCGUGAAUUUAACCUAAUUUAUGAUGGAACCAAAGAGGUUCCGAUGAAUCCUCUUAAGAUAUAUGAAGUGUGUGAUAUCCCACAGAGCGGCAGUACACCCAGCAAUCCAGGAUCUGUACCAUGGGAAGAAAAUGAUGUAGAUUUGGAAGAUGAAGAGGAGGAUGACUUGAGCUCUUCUCAACCUCAAGUUAAAAUGCAAGAAAGCUUUCCAUUUCUCAACUUGAAUGACUCUCCGAUGGCCCCAGCAAAUGUGACCAGUUGUUCUCCCAAUGAGUGGAUAAAGACAGAACCAGAACAGAUCUUGCAGGUCGAUCCACACUUACCAGCAGAGAUAUUCAGCACUCCAGAAACAUGGAUCAGCUCACUGCCAAUGACAGACCUGGAGAUCCAGUUCCAGUACAGAGGCAAAGAAUUGGGACCAGCCUUAAAUGUCAGCAAUCCACAAGGAUGCCGUCUCUUUUAUGGGGAUCUAGGUCCAAUGCCAAACCAGGAGGAAUUAUUUGGUCCAGUUUCCCUUGAACAAGUGAAAUUUCCUGGAACAGACCAUAUCUCAAAUGAAAAGCAACGUCUCUUUACAAACCGUCUACUGGAUGUGAUGGAUCGAGGACUGAUACUGGAAGUGAGUGGUCAUGCAAUCUAUGCCAUCCGCCUGUGUCAGUGUAAGGUGUACUGGUCAGGACCCUGUGCAAGUGGAACUACUACCCCACAUGUCAUAGAACGACAGAAGAAAGUCAAACUCUUUUGUUUGGAAACUUUCCUAAGUGAUCUGAUUGAUCUUCAAAGAGGACAGAGUAACAAAGUACCACCAUUUGAGAUUUACCUGUGCUUUGGGGAAGAGUGGCCUGAUGGCAAACCGAAGGAAAGAAAACUAAUAAUGGUGCAGGUUGUGCCAGUUGUUGCACGGAUGAUUUACGAGAUGUUCAACGGUGAAUUUACACGUUCUUUUGACAGUGGCAGUAUUAGGCUGCAAAUCUCAACCCCAGAUAUUAAAGAUAAUAUUGUGACUCACCUGAAGCAGCUGUACCACCUCUUACAAACAAACCAAGGACAUGAGCCAUGGCAAAUUCAACCUCCAAACCUGCACAUGGCACAACCCCUGCCAACCCAGUGACAUAUGGUUUCAUUCUAACCACUAGAACUUUUAACUGUAGGUGAAAAUUCCUCUAAAAUAUUGAUUACUUUUUCAUGUGGUUAAUAUGCUUGCUCACACUAUUGGUACCAUAGAAGACCAUGAAUGUUAUGUUGUAACUUAUGGAAUUGAGUUUUAUUAAAGAAAUUAAGCUCUAUAUAGUCUCAUCUAAUGAGCUUUUGUUUCCCAAAAGCCCAGUCUCAGCCUAUAGUUAUAAACAAAAUGCUGAACUCUGGAGAUUGGAGAUGGUUUAUAGCAAUUUAAUCCCAAUGUUUGCAAUAGGAUCUAAUUUUCAAAUCCAUUUCCAAUAUUGUAGAGAGAAUUUGCAAAAGGUGCUACAAAAAUGCAACCUAAGGAUGUCCCUAAAUGUUUUACAGCCAAAGUAGUACUUUUGAAGUGUAACUGCUUUCGUAAUUUAGGAGGUCUUAGUACUCCUACUGUUCAGCUGUAGACUUUUUUAGGGCACUGAAAUUGUCCAAUAAAGGCUUAUUUUUGGGCUGUAGA